AUGAAAGUACUUCAAUACUUACUCAAUCAAAGAUUGAUUCAUAGUUUCAGUAAGAUAAUUGAGUUUGGCAAGACCAGUUAGUUAAGAGAAGAUGAAGUACAUAUAUCUUAGUUAAGGCAACAACUUGAGUAUUAAGUCGAUUUAAUAAAUGAAAGAGAUAAUAAAAUCAAGAGCAAGGAAAAUUACAUCUAGAUGAAAGAAAAGGGCAUAAUUGAAUUAGAAAAGGGACUUACUGAGAAGUCUAAAAGACUUUUAGAGCUUAGCAAAUCAAUGAGAUAAGUGAAAAGAUUAUCACCUAAAAAGUAUAGACAACCAUCUAAGACUUCAAAGGGGAUAGUCGCAACCUAAAAUAUUCAUUAACAAUCAAAUAUCAAUAUCUAUAAGACUUUCAAUCAUUCUAAAACAAGAAACUCCUAAAUAACAGGCCAUAACUCUCAGAAUAUAUCAUAGUUACAUCCAGCUACCAGCAUAUAUAUUUCAUUAGAUGAUAGCUCUUAGGUGAACACAUUCUAGUAAGGAUCAUUAACCAAUAGAACUAAAUCAAAAAAGGUUAAGAUAGAUGAAACUCCAUUCCAGAAUAAGAGAAGUUCACUUGGAUAAAAUAAAAAUAAUACUGGUAGUAUGUAGGUACCAGCAGUGAAUUUCUCUAUUAUAUCAAAUCUUAACACAUCAUCAAUCAUCGGGAAAGAAAAUUCAAAAAAAGAUACAGACAAAACUCAAUAUCAACACUAUUAACAACAAUAAAAUUCUAAUAUAAAUGUAACUAAGAAGCAAUCUAAUAAUUUGCCUCUAUAGGUUACAUCUACUUCAAAUAUAAACUUAACUCAAAUCAGCGGAAAAUCCCCAAGAUACUUAUAAAGUUAAAAGAACAUUACAAAGAGCAUAGUCUUUAAGUAGAUUUCUUUAAAUCUUCAAGAAUCAGAUUGUUCACCUCAAAGUGCCAAAGUAGUCUCAAAGCAAGCAGUAAUAAAGCUUUAAAAGCAUAUCCUAAAUCUAACUAAACGGAAAUACUUCAAUCAAUUCAAGCAAUAUAAUUUCAUACAUAGGAGAUAAGAUGCUGCAUUAUACUUAAUGACUUGGACUGAUCGUAAGUUGCUCUCCAUGUGUAUGAUAAAAUGGCUAAGAUUUAUAUAUUCAGAUGAGCUCUAAAGUCAUGAAACCUUUGAAGCUGUGAGAGAAAAGGUAUAAAUAUUUUCAUCUAAAUGUCUUUAGAAACUUUUAAGAGCCAUUAUUCUUGGAUAGAAAGCAUCUACGAAUAAGGAGCAUUUGCUUCAUAAUGCUUUUAAACAGUGGAAAAGUCAUGAAUACUAAAUGCUGCUAGAAGGAUUGAAGAAGUAUAGCGCACUAUUAGAUAAAAAUCUCAUCAAUGAUACUCUUUCUCAUAAUAAGAGCAAUACCUCUAUUAAAACAGUGUUUACCACUACAUUUGGUAAUUAGUUCUGA